AUGGCAAUCAAAAAAUAAUUAUUAAUCUAUGUUCACGGAUUUGGGGGUAGUGGUUUUUCAAACAAGGGAUAAAUCCUACGUUCCCGUUUUUAAAAUGUUGCUUCCCUUUCUUUACCUUAAAUUCCAAAUUUAGCGAUUCAUAAUUUAGAAUAGUUUAUUUAGUAUAUGGAUAAGAAGGAAUAUGAUCCUGUUUUAGUUGGAAGUUCACUUGGAGGAUUUUAUUCAAUUUAUAUAGGUGAAAAGUAUAACUUAAAAACUAUUUUGAUAAAUCCUUCUAUUUAGCCAUACUUAACUGCAAAAAACUAUAUUGGAAUGAAUAAAUCAUUUUAUGAUUAAUCUUUGUAUGAAUGGAAUACAAAUCAUACAGAUUCUUUACAUCAAUAUGAAGUUAAAAAUAUAAAAGACUAAACCAAGUAUUUGUUGAUGCUAACAACAUAAGAUGAAAUUUUGGAUUAUCGCGUUGCUUUACAAAAAUUGCCAUAGGCUCAUAAAGAUAUUUACGAAGGUGGUGAUCAUGAAUAUAAAAUACUUCCCUAGAAAUUGGAUGUGAUAUAAAAUUUCUUGUAAAAUUGA